AUGUUUCUCUCACUCCUUCUUUUAUUACCAACAUUAUUAGUCCUUUUAAGGUUCAUCAACAAUCUCGUAUGGAACCCGAUCCGUGUCCAAUUGAUGAUGCGCUCCCAAGGAAUCUCCGGCCCUUCUUACAAGUUCAUCCAUGGAACCACCAAGGAAAGCAUGAGGCUUAAGCUUGAAGGGAUGAACCGCCCGAUGGAGAUGUCCCAUGAUAUUUUCCCCCAAGCUCAGCCCUCGUUCUACGCUUGGAUGAACUUAUACGGAGCGAAUUUUCUUACAUGGAAUGGCCCUCGCCCUCAUCUAGUGAUAACCGAGCCGGAGCUAGCAAAGGAAAUACUAACUAACAAGGGCGGCGACUUCCCAAAGAUCAAACUCGACGGCAUCGCAGAAAAAUUGGUCGGAGAUGGUCUUUUCACGGCCGAGGGAACUAAGUGGUUGAAGCUUCGGAAAUUGGCCAACUCUGCAUUUUAUGCCGAGAGCCUCAAGGCGAUGACUCCGGCGAUGGUAGCGAGCGUCGAAACAAUGCUCGGAAACUGGAAACAAUCCGAAGGGAAGGAGAUCGAAGUCUCGCAAGAGUUCCGAGUUCUAAGCUCGGAAGUCAUCUCAAGGACGGCCUUCGGGAGCAGUUAUUUGGAAGGUAAGAACAUAUUCGACAUGAUGGCGAAGCUCGGGAUGCUCAUUUUCAAGAAUGCCGACAGGGUUCGUUUCCCCGUGAUCGACAAAGUAUGGAAGCUAAAAGACGACAUCGAGUCGGAUAGGAUCGAGCGAUCGUUGCGCGCCUCCGUGAAGGAGAUAGUGAAGAAGCGAGAGGCGAAGGUAAAGAGCGGCGAAGAGGCCAAUUUCGGGACGGAUUUUUUGGGAUUGCUUUUGAGAGCUCACCAUAACAUCGUCGACGAGGAAAGUACGAUAUCGGUGGAUAAUAUAAUCGACGAAUGCAAGGUGUUUUUUCUCGCCGGGCACGAGACAACGAGUAGCCUACUCUCGUGGACGUUUCUUCUCUUGGCGAUCCACGAGGAUUGGCAAGACAAGGCCCGCGCGGAAGUGGUCGACGUGUUCGGGGACGGGAAUCCGAUAGCAGAAGGCCUACCAAAAUUGAAGAUCGCGAGCAUGGUCGUCAACGAGGUGUUGAGACUUUACGCCCCGGUCGUGAGUCUGGUGAGAAGAGUGAAGAGCAAAGCUAGGGCCGGGAAGUACGAGUUCCCAGCCGGAAUGGAAUUGCACAUCCCGACAUUAGCCCUACAUAGAAACGCAAAAAUAUGGGGCGAAGACGCGCACCUCUUCAAACCGGAUAGGUUUGCGGAUGGAAUAGCGAAGGCGACUAGGAACAACCCGACGGCAUUUUUACCGUUCGGCUACGGGCCGCGAACUUGCGUCGGAUUGAACUUCGCGAGCAAUGAGGUCAAGAUUGCCAUGUCGAUGGUCCUCCAACGGUAUAAGUUCACGUUGGCGCCUACCUACGUUCACUCUCCUAUAACGAUACUUACGACGCAACCCCGAAACGGCGUGCAAAUUGUGCUCCGGAAGGUGUAG